AUGAAAUUCUAUAUCGAAGAUCUUCAGAUUCUUUUCCCGUAUCCCCGAAUCUAUCCUGAACAAUAUGCGUAUAUGUGCGAUAUCAAAAAGUGCCUCGAUGUAGGAGGCAACGGAGUUCUAGAGAUGCCUUCUGGAACUGGUAAGACCAUUGCUUUGCUUGCACUCUCUGUAGCAUAUCAAAUGAAUUAUCCAGAACACCGACGAAUCAUAUAUUGUUCUCGUACCAUGUCGGAAAUUGAAAAGGCAUUGAUUGAGUUAGGUAAAUUGAUGGAUUAUAGAUCCAAAGAGCUUGGAUACGUUGAAGAUUUCCGUGGAUUGGGUCUUACAAGUAGAAAAAACUUGUGUCUACAUCCCUUGGUGGGAAAGGAGAAGAAAGGUACUGCAGUUGAUGAGAUGUGUCGUCGUAUGACCAAUGGGCAAUUGAAGGAGAAGGUAAAAGAAGGAGAAGCUAACAUAGAAGAUUUGUGUUCGUUCCACGAAAUGUUGUACGAGAAGGACCCUACAAACUUGAUUCCUCCGGGGGUUUAUUCGUUCCAGCAGUUACUGGAUUACUGCAAGAGCGAAGGUACAUGCCCAUACUUUACGGUACGUCGUAUGAUGCCAUUGUGCAACAUAGUGAUCUAUUCUUACCAUUAUAUCAUUGAUCCUAAGGUUUCCGUCAGAGUAUCCAAAGAUUUGUCUAAGGACAGUAUUGUAAUCUUUGAUGAGGCCCAUAAUAUUGAUAACGUCUGCAUAGAAGCACUUUCCAUGGACAUUACGGAAGAUGUGCUCAAACGAGCAUCUCGUGGUGCGCAUAAUUUGAGUAAGAAGGUGGAUGAAGUUAAGAAAGUUGAUAGCUCUCGAUUACAGGAUGAAUACGAGAAGCUUGUCUCUGGAUUGAGAGAAUCUGAUAUGAUUAAUAGGGAAGAGGAUGUGUUCACGGAGAAUCCUGUUUUGCCAACGGAUGUACUUCAGGAGUCCAUUCCUGGAAGUAUUCGCCGUGCAGAGCACUUUGUUUCGUUUAUGAAGCGAUUCAUUGAGUAUCUCAAGACGAGGAUGAAGGUUCUUCACGUGAUUUCCGAAACUCCCACGUCUUUUCUACAGCAUUUGAAGCAGCUAACAUUUAUAGACAGAAAGCCCCUUCGUUUUUGUUCUGAGCGAUUGUCAAUGUUGGUGAGGACUUUAGAGGUGUCCGAUAUUGAAGAAUAUACCUCUUUGAAGGACAUAGCUACAUUUGCCACAUUAGUUUCCACGUAUGAGAAUGGAUUCAUGCUUAUAUUGGAGCCUUAUGAGACCGAGAAUGCCACUGUUCCUAAUCCUAUUCUUCGAUUCACUUGUAUGGAUGCCUCUAUUGCAAUAAAGCCGGUCUUUGAUACAUAUCCUUCUGUGAUUAUUACAUCAGGUACUAUUUCUCCCUUAGACAUGUAUCCGAGAAUGCUUAAUUUUGAAACAGUGAUUCAGGAAUCUUAUACGAUAACAUUGGAUCGUCGUGCUUUCUUACCGAUGAUAGUAACGAAAGGUUCAGAUCAGGUGGCUAUAUCUUCUCGUUUUGAGAUUAGAAACGACCCCAGCGUUGUGAGGAAUUACGGUGCAUUGCUGAUAGAGUUCUCGAAGAUUACGCCCGACGGUUUGGUGGUGUUUUUCCCAUCGUAUUUGUACAUGGAAAGUAUCAUAUCGAUGUGGCAGACUAUGGGUAUUUUGGACGAAGUCUGGAAGUACAAGUUGAUCUUAGUAGAGACUCCCGAUGCUCAAGAGACCGCUUUGGCUCUAGAAACAUAUCGUAAGGCAUGUUCUAAUGGAAGAGGAGCAGUUCUACUUUCUGUGGCCCGAGGCAAAGUUUCUGAGGGUAUUGAUUUUGAUCAUUACUACGGUAGAACAGUGUUGAUGAUAGGUGUUCCCUUCCAAUAUACCGAGUCAAGAAUUCUUAAGGCCCGAUUGGAGUUCCUAAGAGAUAAUUAUCAUAUUAGAGAGAACGAUUUCUUAUCAUUCGAUGCUAUGAGGCAUGCAGCACAGUGUUUAGGACGUGUUCUCAGAGGUAAAGAUGAUUACGGUGUAAUGGUGCUAGCUGAUAGACGAUUUCUGAGGAAAAGAAGCCAGCUUCCUAAGUGGAUUUCACAAGGAUUAUCGGAUGCUGAUACAAAUUUAUCUACUGAUAUGGCAAUUGCUGCGGCCAAAAAGUUCUUAAGAACGUCUGCUCAGCCACUCAAUACAAAGGACCAGGAAAAGGGAAUUUCUGUGUGGACGUUGGAGCAGUUGUUGGAGUACCAGAAGGAGCAUGUGAGGGUGGUGGAGGUGGAGGAGGGAGAGGAGAUGGACGGCAUAGAGGAAAGUGAGGGGGGUCGUGGCGCUCACGAUGGUCGGGACGGUCAGGACGGCCACGACGGUUACGACGGCCAGACCAUCAGUCGAAAGGACUCAAUUCCAGCCUAA